CUUCACUAAUUGGCUUGCCUAAAUUUAAUUAAAACGAGUCCCUUAAUCUCCUUCUCUCCCACUGAAACUUUAGGAUGCAGAGACCAAAACUUCCAUUAUUUUGCCUCUUGGCCCUUGCUUUAUCGCUGUUGUUCCCCCAUGCUUGCCUUGCUAGAGUCAUACACAAAUAUUGUGUCUCUAAUUUCUGUGGAAGCGUUAACAUCAGUUACCCUUUUAGAUUAAAAACCCAGCCUCGCAGCUGUGGUUUUAAUGGGUUUGAGCUAGUGUGCGAGAAUAACCGUACCAUUUUCCCCAUGAAAUAUGGGAAUUUCUAUGUCCAACACAUCUCUUAUGUUAACCGAACGAUUCAUCUUCUAGAUGUGAGUCUUGUCAAGGAUAACUGCUCCAUUCCUCAUAGCUCCACUCCUUGUUACACCCCUUCAGGAAAAAGCCUAGAAAUCUAUGGAGACUAUUAUAAAGCUGAAUAUAGCGAGAUGUAUCUGGUAAAUUGCAGGAUGAAGAUGAACAACUCUACGGUUUUCAUCGAUGCUUCUCGUUGCACCAAUCACUCUCCCUCUCCAACUCCACUUACUAAUUUCUUUUAUUUUUUGGAUGGAAGAACAACACUGUCUAAUUUCCAUCAGUCAUGCACAGUUGAAGCCCAGGUUCCGAUCAUGCUUUCUAAUAUAACGGGCCUCUCUACUUUUGAUAUUUACGAAAUGCUGAUGAUGGGCGUCCACCUCUCCUUUGACACUUACGCUUUUGCCGGCUUCUUGGUUUGGAACUCGGUUGUUAACGUAUUGCGAUCGUUGGCCUACGCACUGCUGGAGGCGAUUGCAGUAUAUAUAGAAAACAACCUGGCUUUCUUUCUGCAAGGCACCUCACUAAAGCGUUUUUUCGUUGCUGACCCAAAUAAAGGAAUAGAGGCUCUUUGCGUUGCAAUAACAGGACUUUUAUUACUAAGAACUUUUCUGGGAAUAUGUGGCUUGAUUGCACUUAUUAUACGCAAAUUAAAAAGGAGACAUUUGUCGGCGGAUGAUGACAUUGAGAAUUUUCUACAAAGUCAAAACAAUCUAAUGCCUAUAAGAUAUUCUUAUUCUGAAAUAAAGAAAAUGACACAAAAUUUCAAGCAUAAAUUAGGUCAAGGAGGUUAUGGUUCUGUGUUUAAAGGAAAACUUCGAAGCGGCCAACUUGUUGCAAUAAAAUUGUUAACCAAAUUAAAAGCUGAUGGCCAAGAUUUCAUUAGUGAAGUUGCAACUAUUGGAAGGAUACAUCAUGUUAAUGUGGUGCGACUUAUUGGAUUUUGUGUGGAGGGAUCAAAACAGGCACUUGUAUAUGAUUUCAUGAUAAAUGGAUCCUUAGAUAAAAUCAUAUUUUCAACAGACAAUAACACUUUGAAUUGGCAAAGAACGUUUGAGAUUGCUUUGGGAGUGGCUCGAGGUAUUGAAUAUUUGCACAGAGGUUGUGAAAUGCAAAUUCUACAUUUCGAUAUCAAGCCGCAUAACAUUCUUCUGGAUGAGAACUUUACUCCAAAAGUUUCAGAUUUUGGCCUCGCAAAAUUGUAUUCAGUGGAUGAUAGCAUCGUCUCUCUCACAGCAGCACGAGGUACACUAGGAUACAUUGCUCCUGAGUUCUUUUACAAAAACAUUGGAGGCAUUUCAUAUAAAGCAGAUGUUUAUAGUUUUGGAAUGAUGUUAAUUGAAAUGGUUGGAAAGAGGAAGAACUUGGAUCCAUUUGCAGAACAUUCCAGUCAAAUUUAUCUUCCAUCAUGGAUUUAUGAUCAACUUGAUCAAGGAGAUGACAUGGAGCUUGAAGAUGUGACAGAAAGUGAAAACAAGAUUCUGAGAAAAAUGUUGAUAGUUGCCUUUUGGUGCACACAGAUGAAGCCCACAAAUCGUCCUUCAAUGAGCAAAGUGUUGAAGAUGCUGGAAAGUGAAGUUGAACUCCUUGAAAUGCCUCCAAAGCCUUUUCUACUUUCUCUCGAAACGGCAACUAAAGAUGGUGAGAAUUCUGGGGACAACCACAUCACUUAAUGUUAGAAAAAUAAUGUAAUACAAAGCUAUAAGAUACAGCUUGUUAAUACUUGAUUGUCUUGUCUUGUAAACUUCUUGUAGUCUCAUUGUUGAAUAAUUAGAGUUAAGCAAUUAUGAACCUUCAAACAUGAACGAAAUGACUUCUGGACGUACUACAAAUGUUACUUUCCUUAGUUUAUUUCGUCCCAACUAAUUAUAAUAAGCCAAAAAGGUGAAUCAAAACAUUUCCAAAAUACAAUAAAGCCUUAUUUGUUUAUAUUUUGCAUUAGUAUAACAAACCACUAAACACUCCAUAGUAGGAAUAGAAAUACAUUAUCUUUUCAAAAUUUUCUGCAAAAAACAAUGCAAAAGCAACUUUUAAUUGAGAAAGUAAUGGAAGAAAGAAGAAAGUAGUUUAGAAUUAAAUUGGAUGUUCAAAUAAACUCACAUCAAUCUCUAUAU